AUUUGGGUGACUGUAUAGGAAAGUGAUCUUCCUUGUAACAUAGGAAAGAAUCCUGCAUUUUCCCUGCUCUUUCUCCCUUUUCCAGUUCCAGCCCUGAGGCUGCCGUCCUUCACCCGCUUUUCUGGGAGGAAAGGCCCCUCCAACUCUCUCAGCCUUUAAGGCUCCUGAAGACUUUUUAUGCAACAAAGCAAGUAUGAUAUAAUUGGCCUCACUGAAACCUGGUGGGAUGAGUCUCAUGGUUGGAAUGUGGAAAUAGAGGGGUAUAACCUUUUUAAGAGAAAUAGGCCAAACAGGAAAGGAGGAGGAAUAGCACUAUAUGUCAGAGAUAUUUACACCAGUGAAGAGAUCCAAGAGAAUAAUGUACAUUGAUGGUACUUUGUAAAUACCUGAUAAUAUCAGUAAUAACAAAAGGUAUUGGUUUUGCAGGCUGUUGCAGCAGAGCAUCUUAGGGACAUCUUUGCCCUCAGGCGGAAGGUGGAGAAAUAACUUUAAUCUUUGGCUUAAAAAACAUAGAUGGAGGAACAAAAAUCAAUUGGUCCUGAAGGAAAUAAGGGCCACAAAGACCUCAUUGCUGAGAGCAGAGGGGGAAUCUGGGAGAGGAUAAUCCAGGGGUCCAUGAGAGAGGAGCUUGCCAACUCAGAGACGCAAUGCCAGUGCUUCAGACAGCUCUCCUACAAGGAAGGAGAGGGACCCCGAGAGGUUUGCAGCCGACUCCACCAUCUCUGCUGUCAGUGGCUGAAGCCAGAGCGACACACGAAAAGUGAGAUCCUGGACCUGGUGAUCUUGGAGCAGUUCCUGAGCAUCUUGCCCCCAGAGAUGGGGAACUGGGUCAGGGAAUGUGGGGCAGAGACCUGCUCCCAAGCGGUGGCCCUGGCAGAGGGUUUCCUCCUGAGUCGGGCAGAGGCAGAGAAGAAGGAGAAAGAACAGCAGGCCAGAAACCUCUUGUCAGAAAUACACUCUGAAUUCCUUGGGGCAGAGAAGGCUCCAUUGGAUCCCAGGCAGAGUCCCCAAUGGAGGGUAGUCAAGGAGGAGUUUGAUGCAGGAGGGCCCCUGCAAGAGGCUGGAAUGAUCCCACCAGCAAGACCUCGGUCAACUCUCCCUCUUUGCGGUGAACCAGAUCAGAGCCUGUUGAUUUUUGAGGAGGUGGCCGUGUCUUUCUCCCCGGAGGAGUGGGCCCUGCUGGCUCCAGACCAGAGAGCCCUGCACAGGCAGAUCACGGCAGAGAUCUCUGGGAUCAUGGCCUCUCUUGAUGCUUUCCCCCUGGAGAGCAUCUCUUCUCAAGUGUAA